AUGAGCGCAUUGCUGGACCCCAACUUGGAUCCGCGCGGCUUUGAGGAGUUCUGUUUGUCGCGGCAGCUCGUACGGGAGGCUUGCGUGAGCUCAGGGCUCGAAGGGCUCGAAGGGCUCGAAGGGCCCAGCGCCUUCAGGAACUCGCUGCUUGCAAAGCGCUCGGAGCUUUUGGCCUGCGGCUCGGAGCUGUUGCGCAUCAGUGUGGAGGAUGGGUCUCAGUGCGUGCGGGUUGGCCUGGCCAAGGGCUGGCCACAAAGCGGUGCGGUGACCUCAGGGAACUGCGGCAUUGACGUGGUGCUGCGGCGGGGCUCCAAGCUGCAGUUGGUGGGGCCUGGCAACUCAGGCGAUUCGAAAGUUUGGGAGCUGGAGCUGCCUGAGGGUGCCGCAGACCCUGGGGAGUUGCUGGCAGCCGCCGCCACUGCUGGCAGCUGCCACGUGCUUUUCACAAAGAGCGUGCAGCACGAGGCGCAGCCCGCGCAUUGCCUGACGCUCGUGGAGGUGCGCUUGGAUGACCCGCCCAUUUACAAGUUUCUUUUCCAGCUCUUCGGCCCAGCUCCCCUAGCAGCGGUGGUUGCAGGCAAUGGCUGCGUGGUUUUGAGCAACGGGCCCUAUGUCGAAGGAGCACCGUGUCCGGCGCUUUGGUUUGAGGGACCUCCAGAGCCUGCCGGACCUGAAUCUGCAGAGGCAGACCGUUUUUGCUUGGAUGACGAGGCGGACGAGGACUUGCAGCAGCUCAUGGCCGGCAAAGGCAUGCAGCUGCCGCAAGGUCGAAAGAAGGCCGCCUGCCUUACGCUGCGCACGGAGCACGGCUGCGUGCACCGGUCGCUGGGUUUUCCGGCAGCUACCGGCUUCCCCCUAGAAAAGUCAUCUUUGGGAGUGGUCCUUCACCUGCCGCAGGGCCACGGAGCAAUUUGCCAUGCCGUUUGGCAGCCGCCGUCUGAAAUGGAGGUGCGGCAUGUGGACACCUUCCCGGGCUUGGCCUUGUUCUGCCAGAUGCCACACUUCGCCUAUCUGGCGCUCUCGCAAAACUGCGCCUGGGCGGUGCUGGGCCGCUGGCGCGGGGAGGUGGAGGUCUUCCAGCACCCGCGGGGUGCCACCCGGGGGAACAUGCAAGGUCUCCAGCUGCCGGAGAGCUGUCAGCUGCGCGGCUUGCAGCUGCUGGACGACGUGCUCUUUGUUUGGCACACGGGGGGUCUGAUGCGGUACCAGCUCCAGACACCCAGGCCUACAGAGGACUGGGGAGAGGCUCCAGUGGCGGAGCCAACGAGUUGGGUGUGA